UGCGUCUGUACAUGUUAUGAUCCACCGGUAAAUCACAGUACAAAGGUUGAAAUCCCCCGAUAAGCUUGCAGCAAACGAUCAUUCUGAUUUAAUGGCAUCAACUAUGAUUUGAUGCUUGUAGGUGUUCACGGUUAGUUGUAGAGCUGGUUGUCGUUUGUAUUGCCGAGCCGGUUAGGUUGCUAAUGUCAAUUACAAAACAUUGUUAGUGUAAAGUGGGGCUACAUUCGGGCGCUAGUAUUGCAAACAUGAACAGUGAAAACGUUUCUAUAUGUGAGAAGAUUGUAUCAUCUUCAUACAUACGCCAGGGUUCUCAGGCUCGUCGCAGUCACGAACAGCUAAUACGCGUGCUACUAGAACAGGGAAAGUGUCCUGAGGAAGGAUGGAGCGAGAGCACCAUAGAACUCUUUCUGAAUGAGCUGGCGGUGAUGGACAGCAAUAACUUCCUGGGUAACUGUGGGGUCGGGGAGAGGGAAGGGAGAGUGGCUUCCAGCCUAGUUGCCAGAAGACAUUACAGACUUAUUCAUGGAAUAGGUCGCUCAGGAGACAUCGCUGCGGUUCAGCCCAAGGCUGCGGGCUCCAGUCUUCUCAACAAGCUGACUAACUCAGUCGUGCUGGACAUUAUUAAAGUAGCAGGUGUGCGGAGCGUGGCUAGUUGUUUCGUGGUCCCCAUGGCAACGGGAAUGAGCCUGACGCUGUGCUUCCUGGCCUUGAGGCACAAGAGACCCCGAGCUCGUUACAUCCUCUGGCCUCGCAUCGACCAGAAGUCCUGCUUCAAAGCCAUGAUAACCGCAGGGUUUGAACCGGUGGUGGUUGAGAAUGUUCUGGAGGGAGAUGAGCUGCGCACCGACCUCGAGGCGGUGGGGAGGAAGAUAGAGGAGCUGGGUGCUGACAACAUCCUGUGUGUCCACUCCACCACUUCCUGUUUCGCCCCGCGUGUCCCUGACAGGUUGGAAGAGUUGGCAGAGAUGUGUGCCAAACAUGACAUCCCCCACAUUGUCAACAAUGCAUACGGGGUACAGUCAUCCAAGUGUAUGCACCUCAUUGAACAGGGGGCACGUGUUGGAAGGAUAGACGCCUUUGUUCAAAGUCUGGACAAAAACUUCAUGGUUCCAGUAGGUGGCGCCAUCAUCGCUGGUUUUGAUCAGUCCUUCAUCCAGGAAAUAAGCAGAAUGUACCCUGGUCGAGCUUCAGCCACGCCCUCCCUGGACGUGCUCAUCACCCUGCUCACCUUGGGCGCGGGCGGCUACAGGAAACUGCUGAGGGAACGUAAGGAGAUGUACGGCCACCUGGCGCAGGAGCUUCGGAAGCUGGCUGAGACGCACGGGGAGAGGCUGCUCGAGACGCAGCACAACCCAAUAUCACUGGCCAUGUCUCUGGACAGCCUCCAGCGGCACAGCGACAGGGCCGUGACGCAGCUGGGGUCCAUGCUGUUCACCAGACAGGUGUCUGGAGCCAGGGUGGUGCCCCUGGGGAACGAGCAGGUGGUGAGCGGGUUCACCUUCCGGGGGUUCAUGUCGCACUCGGAGGCGUACCCCCGCCCGUACCUCAACGCCGCCUCCGCCAUCGGCAUCACCCGCGACGACGUGGCACUGUGCAUCAAGAGGCUGGACAAGUGUCUGAAGAGCCUGCGGAAGGAGGGCUGCUCAGAGGAGACGGCGCCCCCUGCUGGGGAGGAUGGUACUGCAGGGGAGUGAAAAGGUAGCGCUCAAAGGGCCUUUAGCGCGUGCAAAGCCCUUUCAGCACACGCAGAGCCAGUAACAUGGCCAGUGAUUGGUCGUGGUAUUUGCUUUGGACCAAUCCUUGGCUGUGUUAUUAGUUUUGUCUGUGCUGCAUGUGGUUAGUACAUCAGGCCCAAAGUCUUCAGCGGCGCACGCUUCUAUAUGUGGGCGGGGCUUGCGGCAAGAUGGUCUCAGCGUCAGUCAGUAUAUCCUCCAUUACGUGUUGUCUGUCUGUCUGUCUGGCUGCUGAGAUAUACAUGUGGUUUGUAUUCUCGGUUGUUACAUUAUUUGCAAAGCCAUGACCUUACAACAGUGCCUUUAGUCUCUUUUACCAAAUGAGAAAACCAUUCCCGUUGUGAUUAUUUUUCUGAAAAUGUAAAAUGCUGCCUGUGGCAAUAUGGCCGAUGCUCUGAGCCUUGAAUGCCUUUUCGCUGAAUAAAUGCUCAUUUCCUCUAAA